ACACAAAAUUCACACAAGGUCAACGGAAUUAAUAUUUUUUAAAUGGAAAUCAUUCCUGAAGGUAAACACUUUCGUUUGGUGCAUGAAUCAGAGCUUCCCGAAAUUUUGGUAACUUUAGAGCGCUAUCUGCCGGAAUCAUUAAAGUUUCAUCAAACCAUAAAAACGUACCUGAAUGAUCGUAUUUGGGACUUUAAGUUUUAUGUUGCUAAAGAUUGGCCAGAAAAGCCAAUAAUUCUUCAUUUUCCAGGAUGCACGCUUGCGCCGCACAACAAUAUUUACCAAACACUUGGCAUAUUUUGUCCAUCUGCACACAUCGAGCAUGUCGAUAUGAUGCGCACCGAAAAUGUACUUAUAGAUUGGCAGAAGCCUAUGUACCUGAAUUUUACGCACAUCGCCAUUAUGAAUCGCCUGGAUGACUUCUAUUCGAAGUUUGGUGUGAUGGAGCGACUCAGUGGUGAUAUUUAUGUGUGCAAGAAGCUCAAUGCCGAACUGGAACUGGAGCCGCUGCCGGAGGAUGCGGAGAUGCGUCUGCUGACCCUCGAUAAUGUGCAGGGCAUACACGAUCUAUAUCCUGCCAAUGAAAUCGAAUGCGUCCAGCUCUUUGAUAUACUCGUGCGCAAGCUGCCCGGCUUGGGCAUCUUUCGCAAGGACACCGACGAGCUGGCCGCAUGGAUGGUCCACUCGUAUUAUGGUGCCAUGUUCUCAAUGCAAACACGUCCAGAUUAUCGACGCAUGGGUUACGGCAUCCGUCUGGCCAAGUCUUUGACCCAGCUGGUCAUCGAGCGCGGCUAUACGCCUUUCGUUGUGAUACGUCCACAGAAUGAUGCGUCCCGCAACCUGUACACGAAACUUGGCUACGAGAAGGCCUUCGAGACAUGCCGCGUGCGUAUGACGCCCGACUGCUACGAGGACAGCACUGUGGGCACCAUUAGUAACUCAUCCUAUGCCAAGUUUCCGCCAUUACCUCAGGGCGAGUGCGUCAUUGUGGCGGGGCGCAAGCAUGUGCCCGGCUGCGACAGCCAGAGCCAGACCGUCGACGAGGGCAUCGAGGAUAUGUUGGCUGAAAAAUGUGAUAUCCGUAGCAAGGCUGGUGCGCAGGGGGAGGGCGACGAGGGCAUCGGCGAGGACAAGUAGGACAAACAGAUGCGAAAGAAACAGUUUCGGCGCCUAUGCCUACGCAAAUACUUAAUGCUUAAUGCUGUAAGCACCCACUUAGGACUCAUUAGGACAGACAGGACAAGGCACAAAUAAGUGGCGCUGAUUUUUUAAAAAACAAUUACAAAACAUACAACAUAUAUUAAUGGGAACUGUACGAGUACGAGUACGAGUACGAAUACGAGUAUAUUUAUAGAUGGUAUAUGAAGCUUCCUCACACACAGAAUACUUAUGUAGAAUGCGACGGCGUCGGAGUACGGGACAUUUCGACAGCAGUUAAAGGAUUUAUUUUAUAUGGGGGUAUUGAUAACAAUUCGAGAUCAAAGUCUACGUAGAGAACGAACCAGAGAAACAAACAAAACCGCUGAAGUUCGCAAAACUUUUAAAAAUGGAACCGAACACGGACAGAGAGACACAGAGAGAGAGAGAGAGAGAAACUUUUAAUUUUUUGCUAAAAAUGCUUUUACAAAAAUGAACUCCAAGAACGUGGAACAAGCACAAAACGAACGAAUGAAUGAAUGGGAGAAGAAAAAACGGAGCGCAUCAAUUUAUUAUAAACUAUUAUAUAUAUAUAAUAUAUUAACUCUAUAUAUCAAAUUGUUAAAUGAACUAAACGAAACACAACAAACUAACUAACUUCUCUCUUCUGGCUCUCCACGCAACAAACAACAAAACACCAAAACAAAACAACAAACUCUCUGAAUGGAAAUAAUAAAGAAAUCAAAGAAGUAUUUCGCUUGGGCCCAUGGAACAGAGCUUUGCACACGUUUCCUCCUCCUCUUUUUGUGACAAUUUAAUGAAUCCAAUACACAAACCUACAAUACAUAUAUAUAUUUUUCAGAUAAUAUUAAAAAAUAAUUUCUGUGCCCAAACGAAAUGAUUUGAUUUUUGUGCUAAAAGGAUGAGAAUAUUUGGAUUUAUAGGCUUUUUUCAAAUUUAUAUAUAUAUACCCACACGAGCCCCCAAAUGAAUGGAUAACAAAAACGAUCAAACAAAAAAGCGAAAACCAAACACAAAAAAUAUAACAACAAAUAAAUAUAUAUAUUUUAUUAUUACCAAAUUUUAUUAAACUAUGCAAACGAGUACUCAAUGAUCAAUGAUUUUUUGCUCCUAUUUAGCUGAACUAAAAAAACAAGAAACAAGAGAAAAGAAAUUCAAAAAAAACACGCCAAAGAUGUCUUCUGCUUGAUUUUAAGUACAUAUUCCCCCCCAAUCCCCCCUUACCCAAUCCCAAUCCCACUCUCACACGUGGGUGAUAUCGAUCGGUAUUAACCCUGCGGAGAAUUUCAAUUAUAAAAACUCAAAAAAUAUAUGCAAGAAAAUCAAAUUUAAUGAAAAAGUUAUAUAUUACAAAAACUGCUAUAUUGUAUGUACUCGACAACAAAAAAAAAAACAUAAGAAACAAAAACCUAAUGAAGCAAAUUUAAAUAAAUAACAAUAUUGAGACAGCAA